AUGGCAUUUUCUUGGUAUUUGGUUGUAUUUUUGGCGGUACUUGCUGUCGUGCCAAAGGUCAAGAGUACGGCAGAGGUCAUGAGCCAUGUUACUGCGCAUUUCGGAAAGGCCUUGGAAGAGUGCAGAGAAGAAUCAGGAUUGUCACCGGAGGUCCUAGAGCAGUUCCAGCAUUUCUGGAGCGAGGACUUCGAGGUGGUACACAGGGAGCUUGGCUGUGCCCUCAUCUGCAUGUCUAACAAAUUUGCCCUCAUGCACGACGAUGCCAGGAUGCAUCAUGUCAAUAUGCACGACUACGUUAAGAGUUUUCCUAAUGGUGAACUUUUAUCUGAAAAAAUGGUAAAUUUAAUCCACAAUUGUGAGAAAGUGCACGACGACGUGGAAGACGAAUGCAGUCGCGUCGUCAAAGUGGCGGCUUGCUUCAAAGAGAGCGCCAAAAAGGAAGGGAUUGCUCCAGAAGUCACCAUGAUUGAAGCAGUGUUGGAAAAAUAU